CCGCGCAAUCAAUCGAACCUUCUGAAGCCUGAAACCAACGAUGCGGUCGCAUAUUCGCAUUGCCGCAGCUAACGCCUAGCGCCGGCGGCGGACUGGCGGUGGAUGCUACGCCGGACUCCCCGACUGCUCGCCGCCGUGAACCCCGCCACCGCGGUUCGCUCCACAGCCGCGCUCGUCCAGAUCGCCUCCCCUCUCGACCCCUUCCUCCUCCACCAACUCACAGCUCGCUUUCACCAUGCACCGGCGGAUGCCCACCACCUGCUCGACGAAACGCCGCGCAGAGCCAGCUCCAUCGUGCGCGCGCUCGGCGCAUGCAGGGGCGCGUCACGCGAGGAAGCGGACGGCGUCGCGGCCCUCCACUGCGCGGCUCUCAAGUCGGGGGCCGUGCUGGAUCCGCCCGUGCGCACGUCCGUCAUCACGGCCUACUCCCGGGUGCGCGACGUGUGCUCCGCUCUGCAGGUGUUCGACGAGGCCGCUGCACCGGACUUGAUCCUGUGGAAUGCCGCGAUCAGUGCUUUGACGUUGAACUGCCGUUAUGGCGAUGCUGUGGUCCUUUUCCGGUGGAUGGUGGACGUGCUUGGGGUGAUUGAUUCGACGUCAAUGGUCAUUAUGCUGUCGGGGGCGUCCCGUGCAAGGAGCUUGGAGCAUGGGAUUGCCUUUCAUGGAAUGGCACUGAAGAGAUGCCUAGACACUGAUCUGAGCCUUUGGAAUACUCUCAUGGACAUGUAUGCAAAGUGUGGGGAUUUUUACUCUUCGGAGGUUGUGUUUCAGAGGAUGCCAUAUAGGGACACUACAUCAUGGAAUUCUAUGGUAAGUGGAAGCUUAUUUAAUGGACUUGCUGAGAUUUCAGCAUAUUACUUCAAGGAAAUGGUCCGUUCCAGUUUUCAGGCAGAUGAGGUGAGCCUGUCUUGUGUCCUUUCAGCUUGCUCUCAUCUCAAGGACCUGUUCUCCUUUGGGGAGUCUGUCCAUAGCUCUGUGAUCAAACUCGGUUACGAAGACACUACCAGUUCGGUGGCAAAUUCCCUGAUAACAUUCUAUUAUGAGCUUGGGUUUCCAGAGGCUGCAGAGGAGGUAUUUCUAAGCACUUCCAACAAAAAUUUGGUAACAUGGAAUGCUAUGAUCAAGGGGCUGGUAGAGAAUGAUAGAGUUAAUGAAGCCAUGUGUAUGUUCCAAGAAAUGAGAUCAAAGAACCAGCCAGAUGUUGCCACUUUAGUGACUAUAAUUUCAGCUUGUGGUGAUCAUGGCCUACUUCCUGAAGGGAAAGAAGUCCAUGGAUACAUAAUAAAAAAAGGACAUAUUUACGAGGAGUGUUCUGUAGGAAAUAGCUUACUUGAUUUGUAUAUGAAAUGCAAUGACCCAUCUACAGCACGCAUUUUGUUCAGGACAAUGCCAAUGAGAGACCUGAUCUCAUGGAACACAAUGAUUUCUGGUUACUCAAGAAACGAUUCACUUGGAGAAGAGGCUAAAGCUAUGUUCAAAGGACUACUAUCUGAAGGCCUAAGCUGCACCUUGAGCACUGUGGUAGCUGUUAUACCUUCAUGUUUUUGUCCACAAGACCUUAACUUUGGCAAGUCUGUUCACUCUUUCAUCCUGAAGUAUGGGUUUCUGACUGGAGUUUCAGCUGCUAACUCUCUGAUACACAUGUAUAUAUGCUGUGGUGACUCUCUGGCCGCCUUUUCACUGCUGGAAAGCAUAACUCCCAUAUCAGAUAUUAUUUCAUGGAAUACAGCAAUUGUGGGCUGUGUACAAAAUGGACUCUACGGAGAUGCGUUAGAAGCCUUUCAGUUUAUGCAUUCAACGUUAACACUAAAUCCUGAUAGCAUUACAUUAGUCAGUGUUUUAUCAGUAUGUGGAAACCUGAAACUGCAGUCCCUUGGGAAGUCCAUCCACUGCAUGGCGCUAAAGCGCUUGAUUGAAUUCAAUUUAAGGGUAAAGAAUGCCCUGCUUACCAUGUACUUCCGAUUUGGAGAUACUGAAAGUGCUGAGUUAAUUUUCUCUAGUCUCGUUGGUAGAAAUCUGUGCUCCUGGAAUUGCAUGAUCUCUGGUUUUGCACAGAAUAACGAAGGCUUGAGGGCAUUUCAGUUCUACAAGAAGAUGGAGGAUUUUGAACCCAAUGAAAUAUCUAUUGUCGGCAUUAUCUGUGCUUGCACUCAACUUGGGGAUCUUAGGCAAGGAAAGAACAUUCAUGGGCAUGUGGUCAGGUUUGGUCUGCAAACUAACGUUUUUAUUUCAGCAUCACUUGUUGAUAUGUAUAGUAAGUGCGGAAGACUGGACAUUUCGAUCAGAGUAUUUGAAUCUUCUGCUGAAAAAUCGAUUGCUUGCUGGAAUUCCAUGAUAUCAGCUUUUGGAUUCCAUGGGCUUGGGUUGAAAUCGAUUGAAAUUUUCUGGAAGAUGAAUAAUUCUGGAGUGAAAGCUACAAGAAGUACUUUUAUUGCUCUGUUGUCAGCUUGCAGUCACUCUGGACUUACUGAUGAAGGAUUGAAGUACUACCAUCUUAUGAUAGAACAUUUUGGGAUUAUCCCAACCCCAGAACACCAUGUCUGUGUUGUAGACAUGCUUGGGCGUGCUGGUCGGCUGCAGGAAGCACAUAAGUUUGUGGAGAGUUUACCAUCGAAACAAGCACAUGGAGUCUGGGGUGCGCUGUUAAGUGCUUGCAGCAAGAAAUCUGAACUGAAGAUGUGUGAAUCCGUUGCCAAGCAUUUGCUCUGUCUGGAGCCUGAAAAUAGUGGAUAUUAUGUGACCAUGUCUAACCUGUAUGCGUAUCAAGACAUGUGGAGUGGCGCAGUGCAAGUCAGGGACAUUUUGCAAGAUAAAGGAUUGAUGAAGCCCCGUGGCCGCAGCAUCAUCGGUUAAACUUCACAAAUCUAAAAAUGUAUUAAGAAAAAUGUGGAGAAGGGUAUACAUGCAAAUACUAAAUUCCAUAGGGAUGGUAUAAAAAAGUAGUUAUAAGAGGGGAAUAGGCACCAGAUGAGCAGAAGCAUGGAUGGAUGGAUGGCUCUGUUUGAGACACGCCACCACCCAAUCGCUCUCUGCACUCCCCUCCCCCUCUGCACCACUCAAACCCCG